AUGCUCGCCGUCACCCUCGCCGCCCUCGUCCUGGCGCAGUUCGGCACGGCGCAAGAGACGGAAACGCUGCUCGUCUCCAUCACCACAUACACGCCCUACUCGUACCGGUCAGACCUGCCAGACAAGACGGACGCCGCAUACCUCGACAAGCGGGAGGAGUUCUGGCGCGCCGAGCGCAAGCACGCCCACCUCCUCCAGGGCGGCGUCAUCUUCUUCACGCUCCUGCCCCUCAUCGCCGUGUGCCUCCUGCUGCCCAUUCUGAUCCUGUACGAGCGCGACACGCGGCGCAUGGAGCGGCUGGUACGUGCGCGCCGCGAGGCGCACAAGGCCCUCGGCGUUGAGCCGGCCGAGGAGACGGCGUACCCGCCCUCGUAUGGACACGUGCGCGCCGCCGGCGUGCUGGCACGCCUGGGCGCCAUGCUCCCCUUCCUUGGCCGCGCGCGCGCGCAGGCAACUGGCGCCGCGACAUUCGCUACGCGCACCACGACACCUGUCGACGCUAGCCACGCCGCCGCGCCGACAAUGACAUACACCACCGGCCCGUUCGGCACCUCGAGCGUGUGCUUCGGCACCCGCACGUGGGUGUCUCCGUCUGGCGCCGGCGAGACGGGCUACUACUCGACCGUCACGGUGCCGUGCGGCGGCCCGCGCCGCACGACGCUAUACGUCACAGCGUCGUCGAGCUCGGCCGUCAUCCCUGGCUUUUUGAGCGGCAGCAUCGUGCGCGAACAGCUGGAGAUCACCAAGUGGACGAUCGCGUUCGCCGUUGGCUCGACGGUGCCGUUGAUCCUUAUGGCUGCGUGGGCUCUGAACAUCCGACGCCGCCGCCGCAGGCUCCGCCUCCUCCUCGGCGACGACGUCGCGUGGUUCUCGCCCCAGAACAGUCGCAAGGUCGAGGCCCAGCCCAUCGUCAUGCCGCUCUAA